CUGAGCUCCCGGGCCCAGGCAGCCAUGACCGCGGCUGACAGGGCCAUCCAGCGCUUCCUGCGGACCGGGGCGGCGGUCAGUGGCCCCGGACUUCGAAGCUCCCGAAUUCUAUCAGCGCCCCCUAAGCCUGUCGAGACCCCUCCGUCUUCUUAGGAUACCCGGAUCCUUCUGGGCUUCCCAGUCAUUGUCAGCCCCUGCACUGACCUGGGGCUCCUCAAUCCUGCCUCGGUUCUCACAAUCAUAUAUAAAGUCAUGAAGAACUGGGGUGUUAUAGGAGGAAUUGCCGCUGCUCUUGCAGCAGGAAUAUAUGUUAUUUGGGGUCCCAUUACAGAGAGAAAGAAGCGUAGAAAAGGGCUCGUGCCUGGCCUGGUAAACUUAGGGAACACCUGCUUCAUGAACUCGCUGCUGCAGGGCCUCUCCGCCUGCCCCGCGUUCAUCAAGUGGCUGGAAGACUUCACCACCCAGUACAGCAAGGACCAGAAGGAGCCCCCGCCACACCAGUACCUGUCCCUAACACUGCUGCACCUCCUCAAAGCUUUGUCCUGCCAGGAAGUCACUGAGGAUGAGGUCUUAGAUGCAAGCUGCUUGCUGGAUGUCUUAAGAAUGUACAGGUGGCAGAUCUCAUCCUUUGAAGAACAGGAUGCUCACGAGUUAUUCCACGUCAUCACCUCUUCACUGGAAGAUGAGCGAGACCGCCAGCCACGGGUCACACAUUUGUUUGAUGUCCACUCCCUGGAGCAAUCAGAAGGAAUUCCAAAACAAAUAACCUGCCGCACAAGAGGGUCCCCUCAGCCCACGUCCAGUCACUGGAAAUCCCAGCAUCCUUUUCACGGUAGACUCACUAGCAACAUGGUCUGCAAACACUGUGAGCACCAGAGUCCUGUUCGCUUUGACACCUUUGAUAGCCUUUCACUGAGCAUUCCAGCUGCCACCUGGGGUCAUCCGCUGACCCUGGACCACUGCCUUCACCACUUCAUCUCCUCCGAGUCCGUGCGCGAUGUUGUGUGCGACAACUGCACAAAGAUCGAAGCAAAAGGAACCUUGAAUGGGGAAAAGGUGGAACACCAGAGGACCACAUUUGUUAAACAGUUAAAACUAGGGAAGCUCCCCCAGUGCCUGUGCAUCCAUCUGCAGCGGCUCAGCUGGUCCAGCCACGGCACGCCCCUCAAGCGCCAUGAGCACGUGCAGUUCAAUGAGUUCCUGAUGAUGGACAUCUACAAGUACCGCCUCCUGGGCCACAAACCCAGUCUGCACAGCCCCAAACCCAAGGAGAACCCAGGGCCUGCGUUGGAACUGCAGGAUGGGCUGGCAGCCCCCAAGCCAGUUCUGAAUCAGCCAGGGGCUCCCAAAACCCAGAUUUUUAUGAAUGGCGCCUGUUCCCCGUCUUUACUGCCAGCCCUGCCACCCCCAGUGCCCUUCCCUCUCCCGGUGGUUCCUGAUUACAGCUCCUCCACUUACCUCUUCCGGCUGAUGGCGGUCGUCGUCCACCAUGGAGACAUGCACUCUGGACACUUUGUCACCUACCGCCGGUCUCCACCUUCAGCCAAGAAUCCACUUUCCACCAGCAACCAGUGGCUGUGGAUUUCCGACGACACUGUCCGCAAGGCCAGCCUGCAGGAGGUCCUGUCCUCCAGCGCCUACCUGCUGUUCUACGAGCGCGUCCUAUCCCGGAUGCAACAGCAGGGGCAGGAGUUCAGGUCUGAGGAGUGACGUCCCCAGCCCUGAGCCAGGGCCCAGGGCACGGUCCACACUGUGCAGGACAAAAGUAAAGGCGUGCCGUGUGUGGCCACGCGCACGCUCUCGUGUGUGUGUGUGUGCACCCGGCCCCUCUUAGACCUUCAGCUUUCUGUGUAUUGGAAGGGCAGUGCCACGUGGGAGCCAGCCCCGAGCAGCUCCACCCGGGCACACUGAGAGUGUCCCUGGGUUAGGACAGCGUGCCUGCCUGCGUGCGUGCGUACAGCGUGUCUUUUACUCAUCCGAUACAGGUAAAUGAAGAACCUGGAUUCCGGAAGCCACCUUUUCUAUAUUGUAACCUGCAGGUGUCCACAGAGAAAGAGUUGCCUCUGUGUCACCCCUGGCUGUCAGCAUAGAUACCGUAUUUUUAAUAAGUAGACCCAUACAAAUUGUUGACAAGAAAUAGCAAAAUUAUUAAAGGCAACCAUUUAGAAGAAAAAGUGCCUUCCACUUUCGAUUGCUUCUGCAGCCUGUCCCUUGUGAGUAGACGUGUCCUCUAGGCACCCA